AUGGCUCCCACAGAUACCCAGACCGCCCGAGCAAAGGGCCUCGUGGGAAAGCCGUUAUUGUACUUCACAAGCGUUUUCGUAUCACUGGGUGUAUUUCUUUUUGGCUACGACCAAGGCGUUAUGUCUGGCAUUAUCACAGACGCAUUCAAUCAGCCUGGCCCAGCCGAGGUUGGCACUAUGGUAGCUAUUCUCGAGGUUGGUGCUCUUAUAUCAUCUCUGUGCGUUGGACGCAUUGGCGACAUCGUUGGUCGUCGGAGGACAAUUCUUUAUGGGUCCAUGAUUUUCUUUGUCGGCGGAAUGCUCCAAACCUUCGCAAAUGGCAUGCCCAUGAUGAUGGUAGGGAGACUUAUCGCAGGUUUCGGCGUUGGUGCACUCUCGACCAUUGUACCUGUUUAUCAAUCCGAGAUCAGUCCUCCACACAAUAGAGGCAAGUUGGCCUGUAUAGAGUUUACGGGUAAUAUUACGGGUUACGCGGCAAGUGUUUGGGUCGACUACUUCUGCAGCUUUAUCCAGAGCGACCUCUCAUGGAGGAUACCUUUAUUGAUGCAAUGCGUCAUGGGUGCACUUCUCGGAUUCGGUAGCCUGAUCAUCUGCGAAUCCCCCAGAUGGCUACUGGACAACGACCACGACGAGGAGGGGAUCAUUGUCAUCGCCAAUCUCUAUGGCAAAGGCGACAUUCAUAACGCAAAGGCUCGACAAGAAUAUCGCGAAAUCAAAAUGAACGUUCUGUUGCAACGUCAAGAAGGAGAACGAUCAUACUCGGACAUGUUUAAGCGCUACUAUAAGCGUGUUUUUAUUGCGAUGUCGGCCCAGGCGUUUGCGCAAUUGAACGGGAUCAAUGUCAUCUCAUACUACGCCCCCCUUGUCUUUGAGUCGGCAGGCUGGGUGGGACGAGAUGCCAUCCUCAUGACUGGCAUCAAUGCGUUCACCUACCUAGGAUCAACAAUUCCACCGUGGUAUCUGGUUGAUAAAUGGGGCCGACGGCCUAUCCUCUUAUCUGGAGCGGUGGCUAUGAUCAUCUCGUUGUCGCUCAUCUCCUACUUCAUCUUCAUCGACAUACGGUGGACCCCAACACUGGUAGUGAUAUUUGUCAUGAUUUACAACGCAGCAUUCGGAGCCAGUUGGGGCCCUAUACCGUGGCUAUAUCCUCCUGAAAUUCUGCCACUCAGCAUCCGGGCAAAAGGCGCCAGCUUGAGUACGGCCAGCAACUGGGCAUUCAACUUUUUGGUGGGCGAACUUACACCUAUCCUGCAAAAAUCAAUCAAGUGGAGGUUAUAUCUCGUCCACGCCUUCUUCUGCGCACUCAGUUUCGUUCUCGUCUAUUUUGUGUACCCCGAAACAGCCAAUGUUCGCCUUGAAGACAUGAACGCAUUGUUUGGGGAUGCCACAACGGCCAUGCCGACUCCCUCGACCCAAGCAGAACGCGGUUCUCUGAUGGGCGUGGGAUCCCCAUCCUCUAUCGACAUCAGACACGGUGGUCCGCAACCAGGUGUCUUUUCCGCAGAUGCUGCAAUUCCUGGUCUUGACAUAGACCCCCCCGAUAUCCAACUAGACGCAAACGGACGGCCACGAGGUCGAAGCCAGAGCAACCAAGAAGGGUUGGGCGGUUGGAUUGGUCGUAUGGUGUCCAGGACACGACAAGACAGCGGUGGCCGCGGACAAUACGGGAAGAUCGGCCAAGACGAGGACUGA